AGUGUUGGCACUAACAAGAAAGAAAGAAAAGAAUAGGACUGAUGAAACAUUUCGUAACAGCUUGGCUUUUACUUUUAAUCUGAGUCUGUGGUUUCUACUUGGGGUUUGUAUGCAGAAACUGUGAGAACCAGCUCAUUUUCUGAUAGGCUCUCAUGGGUUUAUUUGGUUCCUUUUGCUUUUGGUUUUACUUGUGUGGUGGGGGUUACUCCUCAAAAAGUCACUCCAGACUUUAAAGUAGUUUACUUCUCAUGCAUAUAGGCCUCAAAGGUUGUGUCACUGUUCCACUGAACUCUUUCUGAUCCUUGACGCAAAAAGAUUGGAACUCUAGCUAGUGUUUUUUGUUUUUCAAACUUCAACGGUUAAAUAAUUCAUACACAAAAGUUGAUUUGUAUAUUGUUGUGUUUGGAACUUGAAGCUUUAAAGGUCACAAAAGGGUCUAGUGGUAUGAAUCCUUUAAAAAAUGUAAAAACAAAUGUAACAAAGUGAUCAGCAAGUGAAGGGAAAAUAUAUAUAUAUAUAUAUAUAUAUAUAUAAAGAGAGAAAGAGUGAGGUGGAGUCAGAUUUGUGCUUGUGGGUGUUACUGAUUUGAGAAAUAUUUUAGUCUUAAUAGUCUGUUGGUUAUGUCUCCUUGGCUAACUGGGUGCGCCCGGGCUCCGUGGGCUUUGCCGCCGACCAAGGAAACAGCCUCUUAUUUGGCUCUCUUGGCAUUGAAGAGAACCUUUUGUUAAAAAAUUGUACAAACCCCAUCUUGUGUUUCCCUUUAUCUCUUUCUCUCUCUUACUCAGACUCACUUCUUUCUUUUGCCUCGGUUGUUGUCAAAGAUUCUUCACUCUCAUAGUCAUACUCAUACCCCCACAAGCAUAUAUCCUCACCCCUCUUUGAGAUCCUUCUUUGGAGACCAGGAAACUUACUUGGGCUGGGUUGCAUUCACAAAUCUGGUCCCCACACCCUGGGAUUAUUCCUUUCUAUUUCUGGGACUUUUUCUCGAUUGGGGGGGUGGGGGGGUUGUUAUUUUUGUUCACUUAUUAGGAUGUGUGGUGGUGACUCUGAGGUAUCUGAUUUAGGCAUUUAGGACUACAAGUUGAGUGUCGAAGAAGGUUAGUUUUAAAGGUUUAAGGGGGCUGGGGGUGAAGCAAGCUGAUUUUUUUUUUUUAGCUUUCAAAGAUGAAGUUUAUGAAGCUUGGAUCAAAGCCAGAUUCCUUUCAAACUGAUGGGAACAAUGUCAGUUCUCAGUUCAUUACAAGGAGCAUAACCAUGUGCAGGUAUGUGGCAAGUGAGCUGGCAACGGACAUCAUUCUUAUUGUAGGGGAUGUAAAAUUUUAUCUUCACAAGUUUCCUCUACUGUCAAAGAGUUCCCGAUUGCAGAAGUUGGUUGUUACCACUAAUGAAGAGAACACAGAUGAAGUUCAAAUUUCUGACAUUCCUGGUGGUCCUGCAGCCUUUGAGAUAUGUGUGAAGUUUUGUUAUGGCAUGACUGUUACCCUCAAUGCUUACAAUGUUGUUGCAGCUCGAUGUGCAGCCGAGUACCUAGAAAUGCAUGAGGCCAUUGAGAAAGGGAACCUCAUUUACAAGAUUGAUGUCUUUCUUACUUCUAGCAUUUUCCGCAGCUGGAAAGAUUCAAUCAUUGUUCUUCAGACUACAAAGUCGCUCUUACCAUUAUCUGAGGAUUUGAAGGUGGUUAGCAAUUGCAUUGAUUCUAUAGCUACCAAGGCCUGUGUUGAUGUUUCCAAGGUUGACUGGUCCUAUACCUAUAACCGAAAGAAGCUCCCAGAGGAAAAUGGGAAUGAUCCAAACUGGAAUGGCGUUAGAAACCGUCUGGUGCCUAAGGACUGGUGGGUUGAGGAUUUGUGUGAACUUGAAAUUGAUCUUUAUAAGCGCAUUCUAAUGAUUAUUAAAGCAAAAAGGAUAGUUUCUAAUGAUGUGAUUGGAGCAGCCUUAAAAGCGUAUGCUUACAGAAGGUUGCCAGGUUUCAGCAAGGGUAUGAUUCAGUCUGGAGACAUGAUAAAGCAUGAGUCAAUAGUGGAUACAAUAGUGCAGCUAUUGCCUGCAGAGAAAGGCUGUGUCUCUUGUAGCUUCCUCCUGAAGUUGUUGAAAGCCUCCAUUUUGAUGGAUUCAGGAGAAAUGGCUAAGGAUGAGCUGAUAAGGAGAAUAGGACAGCAACUGGAGGAGGCUUCUGUAAAUGAUCUUUUGAUACGAGCAUCAGAAGAGGAAACAACAAUGUAUGAUGUUAGUACAGUGCAGAAAAUAGUUCAAGAGUUCCUAAUGCAAGAUCAGAAUGCUGAGAUUGAAUCAUUAGAAGAUAGCCAUGAAUUUCAGGAAACAAGGAAGCCGGGGAUUUUAUCAGAUGCUUCCAAGCUGAUGGUGGCAAAACUGAUUGAUGGAUACCUUGCCGAAAUUUCUAAGGAUGCCAAUCUAACUUUGUCAAAUUUUGUUGAUCUUGCUGAGAUGGUGUCUGAUAUCUCUCGGCCGGCUCAUGAUGGGCUUUACCGCGCCAUUGACAUGUAUCUAAAGGAGCACCCUGGGAUCAGCAAGAGUGAGAGGAAGAGGAUAUGCAAGCUGAUGGACUGCAAGAAGCUCUCAGUUGAUGCAUGCAUGCAUGCUGUGCAAAACGAGAGACUCCCAUUGCGUGUAGUUGUGCAAGUACUCUUUUUUGAGCAGGUUAGGGCAGCUGCAUCAUCAGGCUGCAGCACCCCUGACCUACCCAAAGGCAUUAAGGAACUUAAUAGUGGCUCUCACGGGAGCUCAAGGUCAGCUACAACUAACACAGAAGAAGACUGGGAUGCAGUGGCCACAGCUGAGGAGCUCAAGGCCCUUAAAGGGGAGCUAGCUUCUUUAAGGUUGGCUAAUGGAGUGGGAGGUAGUGAAAGAAAUGGAAAUGGAGAUGGUAAAAGUAAUGUGGACAAAGCUGCUAUAAGUAAAAUGAAAGGGCUGCUCAAGUCAAAGAAGAUCUUUACAAAGCUUUGGUCUAGCAAAGGGGGGCAGGGUGAGAAUAGUGGCUCAGAUUCAUCAGACAGCCUUGGUUCUGCCAACCCUGAAGAAGUUAAAUCAACCCCUUCCAGAAAUAGGAGGCAUUCUGUGUCUUAGUUGCGAACUACAUAAAUAGUGUUGGAGGGUUCUUUCGGCCUUUUUGCUUUCUUUAAUGACAUUAGAAACUCCACUAGUAGUGCUUAUUGUUUUAAUUUAGCAAAAAUGAAGCGCAUAUAGUUUUUGGACUAAGAGUUUAGAGUUGUUUUGCUGAGAAUCUUGUCACUUGAUUGAAUAAAAAGAGAAGGGUAAUUGUAUAUAAGACAAAUGCCCAAAGAGGUAGAGCUCUUACCAUUCA